AUGAAUACAGGAUUCCGUGUGCGUGAUUACACACAGAUCCACAAAGCAAGGUACUCAUUUGGUAGUCAGGGCGGCGGGAGAGAUCAGUUUGACGGCCCUUGGGGACUAGCAACCAACAAAGCUGGUGACAUGAUCAUCUGUGACAGCUGCAACCACAGAAUAAAGAUACAUGGGGUUGAUGGCCAGUGCAAGCAGACGGUUGGCGUCGAGGGAAGAAAGUGUGGAGAGUUCUAUGCCCCAGACGCUGUGCAUGUAACAGAUGAUGAACGAGUGAUCAUUGCUGAUACUGGUAACCACCGACUACAGGUUGUGCCAUGCAGUGGUGAAACAGGAUAUGCAUUUGGAACAGAAGGUAGUGGUCAAGGCCAAUUUCAAUACCCAAGCGGCAUCACAGUGUACCACAACAGGUUGUUAAUUGCAGACGAGAACAACCACUGUAUACAGGUGAUGACCGUCGAUGGAGAGUAUAUCACUUCGUUCGGGUCUCAGGGCAGCGCUUUUGGGCAGCUGUGCCAACCGCAUGAUGUCACUACAGAUGCCUACGGCAAUGUUCUAGUCGUAGAUCAUGGCAAUGGACGUGUUAUGGUAUAUGCCGCAGAAACUUACACACCACUGGCUGAGUUUGGAAAAGGAGAGCUGGACAAGCCAAUGAGUGUCUGCGUGACAAUGCACGUCCAUAUCCCUGACCGUGUAUCAGUCCGUAUCCCUGACUCUGUAUCUGUCCAUGUCCCUGAGCGUGUAUCAGUCCGUAUCCCUGACUCUGUAUCUGUCCAUGUCCCUGAGCGUGUAUCAGUCUGCAUCCCUGACUCUGUAUCUGUCCAUGUCACUGACCGUGUAUCUGUGUAG